AUGAUGACCAAGAAAGACUGUGGCAGGAAGUUUCAAGAACUGACAACAUUAUCAGCCAUCUCAGGUAAAACUGCUGCCGAGGCCAAGCGUCCGUUUGGCGAGGCCAUACUGUCCAUAUCACUGAAUGACCUUAUCCACGACCUUGCACCAGUGACUACAUUGCUCAGCACUCUGCCAAAGCCAUACCUUGUUUGGUUCAGAUCUGAAAGAGACGGAAGGCAAUACAAAUACAACAUCCGUUUCGUCACAACCAACGAUCUUAGUUGUUGUGUAAAGUUGCUCGGGAUGUAUGACAUAUUCAGUGGCAACAGCAUCAUAAAGUGCUACAGGUGCAUGUGCACUAGGAGGACUGUUGGAUAUGUUGGUUCUGGCAUAGACUUCUACAAGAGAGAUAUGGUCAAAGACAAAGUAUCUAGAUUUGACUGA